AUGGCCGAUCGAAUUAAAUUCAUAACUCAAAAACGAACAUCGUUAAAAUCGCAAAUUACGGGUUUGACGAAUUUACUAGAACGAGAACGAUAUGACAAAACCGCGUUAAAAUUGCGUAUGGCGCGGAUCACCGAGUUAUAUCACGCUUACGAAGAAUUCAAUGAUGAGCUCGCGUUAUUAGACUCGCCCGACGAUGAAUUCGCGAACGUACAAGAACGAUAUUAUUUGUUAGCGGCCAAAAUAGAGAAAAUUAUAAAUCCGAACAAGUCAUCGUCUGACGCAAUCGCCGGGCCCUCAAACAUCAUCGUAGCCACCGAGACCACGACAAACACUGCGCCUAUAAAAAGAAAAAUAAAGUUACCGGAAACCGCUUUGCCGACUUUCGACGGCCGAUAUGAAGAAUGGCUGGCGUUCAAAAAUGCGUUCCUUGAAAUGAUAGACGUGCGAACAGAUCUUGCCGACACCGAAAAAUUGCAAUAUUUGAAAUCCGCGUUAAAGGGUGAUGCAGCCAAUAAAGUCAAGCGUUUAACUAUCGAAGGCGCGAGCUAUAGCAAAGCGUGGGAAUUAUUAACACGGGCGUACGAAGCGAAACGAAUCUUGGUUUCACGUCAUCUCUCAAUGCUAAGAGAGUUACCCGCGUUAGAGAAAGAAACGACGGAUGGCUUAUCUAGACUUGCCGACGACGCGCAACAACAUGUCGCAUCACUAAACGCGCUGGGGGUUAGUGUAGGAUCCGAGGUUCUAGUAAAUUGGCUAGAAAGCAAGCUUCCAAAAAUUACUGCCGAGAAAUGGGAAGAAACGUUGGAUCGAGACGAAUUUCCCAAGAUAGACGAACUAUACGAAUUCUUAUAUCGAACCGCAGCUCGUGUUUCCAAACGCGUCCGAACAGAGAUCACUAGACGAGAUGACGAUAAAUCAUCACCGGCCGGAAAAAGGGCGCGAAUCGGGAACAAAGCAUUCGUGGUCAGCAAAGUAAACAAUUGCGCUGCUUGCAAAAUCCAUCAACACCCAUUAUUCAAAUGCGAUAAAUUCAGACAAUUAGAUGUGCCUAAACGAAUCGAGGUGGUAAAAAGGGCCAAGCUAUGCUACAACUGCAUGCGGUCACAUUUGGGGAAAACGUACACAGGCGCUACAGCUAAUUUCAUCUCUAUAAACUUCGCGAAACGUUUAAAGCUUCCCAUAUCUCCAUGCACAAUAUCAGUCGGCGCGAUCGAUUAUAUGAGCACGAAAACCAAAGGCGCGGUUCGGAUAAUCAUUCAAUCACGACAUGAUAAGUUCGCUAAAGAGUUAACAUGUUUGAUCGUUCCUACGAUCUCGGAUUUGGUCCCGUUCGAAGUUUUCUCGCGAAAGAAUAUAAAAUUACCCGAAGGUAUUACCCUCGCCGACCCAGAAUUUCACGUUCCGCGCCCGAUAGAUUUACUGAUUGGAUCUAGCACGACGCUAUCAUUGCUUUCUACCGGUCAAGUCGACUUAUCAAAUAGAAACCGCGAUCUGUAUUUGCAGAAUACUCGACUCGGUUGGAUCAUAGCCGGCGGAGUCACGACCGGAAAUAAUUAUAUAAAGGGUCAUCUAUGUUCACUAACGGAUUUAGAAUCGCAAAUGGCUAAAUUUUGGGCUACCGAGGAAAUAACAGAUAAUUCGUCGAGAUCGAUCGCAGCACACGAUAGUGAAACGCAUUUUUUAGAAAACGUUAUCCGCAAUAACGACGGACGAUACGUUGUUCGAUUGCCAUUCCGCAACAAAGAAAGACAACUCGGAAAUUCAAGAAACGUCGCACUUAAACGUUUUUAUUCUCUCGAACGUAAACUGGAAUUGAAUCCAGAAUUAAAGACAGCCUACACACAAAUCUUUGAAGAGUAUUUAAAUUUAAACCAAAUGACUUUGAUUAAUGAUCCAAGUGACGACGGAUUUUACAUGCCGCAUCAUGCGGUAAUAAAGGCGACGAGUGACACCACACGAGUCCGCGUAGUUUUUGACGCAUCCGCAAAAUCAGAGAUCGGUAUGUCAUUGAACGAUCUGUUAUUGAUCGGGCCCACGAUACAAGAUAACUUAUUUGCACAUUUGAUUCGAUUUCGCAUAUUUAAAAUCGUACUCAACGCCGAUAUAGAAAAAAUGUACCGACAAAUAUGGCUACACGAGGACGAUCAAAGAUAUCAACGCGUAUUGUGGCGCUAUAACAAUGAAAUCCGUACCUUCCAACUUAAUACCAUUACAUUCGGAGUAGCAUCAUCGCCAUUUCUUGCCAUCCGUACGGUUCACAAGUUAGCGGACGACGACGGUGAUAGGUUUCCCGACGCGGCACGCUUACUCAAAACGCACUUGUACGUCGAUGACUUGCUCACCGGAACAGAUACCGUCGAAGAAGCGCGCAGAUUACGAGACGAAGUAAUCGCGUUACUUGCUCGGGGUGGCUUUAACAUACGUCAAUGGGCCUCCAACGACAGGCGCGUCAUCGAAGAUCUAAAUCCCGACGCUAUAAAUUCGAAUCUUGACUUUGACAAAACCAACUCUCUGAAAAUGCUAGGAGUAGCGUGGGAUGCGCGGAAUGACGCGUUACAUUAUUCAGUUCGCAAAAUCAACCACGUCGAAAGGUUCACAAAGCGAAUGGUCGUCGCGGAGAUAGCUAAGAUGUUUGACCCAUUAGGCGUGAUAGGACCGGUGACAUUGUUUGCCAAAAGAAUAAUGCAAGAUUUAUGGAAAUCUAAGAUAGGAUGGGACGAACACAUACCACCUAGCAUACAAUCUACGUGGACGGAAUUUAUGUCACAGUUAGAGAUUAUCAACGAUCUAUCUAUCAAUCGCGCGGUAGUAAUUCCCGAACAUAAUGACAUCCAAAUUCACGGGUUUUGCGACGCGAGCAAGGUAGGGUAUGGCGCGUGUCUCUAUAUACGUUCCAAAAAUCAAAAUGAUAGAGUACAUUGCCGUCUAUUAUGCGCCAAAAAUAGAGUCGCCCCAUUAAAAUCCGUGACGAUACCGCGCCUUGAACUAUGCGGAGCGCUUUUACUAGCCAAAUUAUACGGCGAGGUACGUAAGGCGGCGGAACUUAACCCAGAUAAAGUUAUAUUAUGGAGCGAUUCAAUGAUCACCCUACAUUGGAUAAGAACGUCACCUCAUAGUUUGAAAACAUACGUAUCCCAUCGCGUUGCUCAAAUCCAGGAAAUCACGGAGCCUCAAAUUUGGCGACACGUCAAUUCAAAGGACAAUCCGGCCGACGCCCUUUCGCGAGGUCAGAUGCCGGGUGCUCUACUAAAUAAUCAGCAUUGGUUCUCGGGUCCGUCGUGGUUAAUAAAGAACGAAAAUGAAUGGCCUCAGGACUGUAUGAAACCGAUUGAAAUACCGGAAAUGAAGGGGAAUAAGUGUUUAAGCACUGAUAUUAGUAACAAAGACAUUUUACAAAAAUACUCCUCGUACACUAAAACGUUACGAAUUGUAGCGCUAUGUUUACGUUUUCGACGAAAAAACGCGUAUCAGGGACCACUAUGCGCGCGAGAAAUAGAAGAAGCGGAGAUAAGAGUAAUGAAAAUCGUUCAGGCCUCUCGUUUCGCAUCCGAGUUGAAAAAAAUUACCAACAAACAAACAGCAAACAAAAAAAUUGCCUCAUUAGAUCCAUUUAUCGAUCAACACGGUCUAAUUCGCGUCGGGGGACGUCUCAGAAAAUCGAAUUUGACAUUCGCGCAGAAACAUCCCAUUUUAAUUCCAAAUAAUCACUUCCUGACAGAUCUUAUUAUCAAAGAAACACAUGAAAGAUAUUUUCACUCGGGCAUUCAAACAACGUUAUAUACUAUCAGACAGAAAUUCUGGCUACUCGACGGUAGAAAUCAAGUCCGCAAAAUAGUGCGUUCAUGUAUUCGCUGCUUCCGUUUUAAUGCCAAUGCAAUUAGAUACAAAAUGGGCGAUUUACCAAAAUCUCGCGUAACCGAAGCGAUUCCAUUUGCCAAUACAGGGGUCGACUUCUGCGGCCCAUUCUACAUUAAAGAGAAAAAAUACAGAAAUCGGAAUCGUAUCAAGACAUACGUUUGCGUAUUUGUGUGUAUGGUCGUCAAGGCGGUGCAUCUUGAAGUGGUCAGCGACUUGACCACAGAAGGAUUUCUAGCCGCGUUGAGACGAUUCGUAUCUAGGCGAGGUAUUCCAACACACAUCUUCUCUGAUAAUGGAACCAACUUCAUCGGGGCGAGCAAUCAUUUAAGAGAAUUAUACAUCCUUUUUAACUCCGACGAGCAUAAAGAUCGGGUUAAUCGAUUCGCAAUCGAUCACAGAAUAACGUGGCACUUCAUACCUCCCAUCGCUCCACAUUUCGGCGGCUUAUGGGAGUCAACAGUAAAGCUAUUUAAACACCACUAUAAACGCGUUGUCGGUGACCUUUUAUUCACUUUCGAAGAAUUAAAUACAUUUACAACAGAAAUCGAAGGAAUCCUAAAUUCAAGACCUAUCUCCUAUCUCUCAUCUGAUCCAAAUGAUCCUAUAAUUUUAUCACCCGCACAUUGUAUGAUCGGUAAACCAAUUAUGAACAUGCCUGAACAUGAUUACUCGUCUGUCCCAGCUGCACGCCUAUCCACCUGGCAACAUCUAUCAAAGGUACGUCAGGACUUCUGGACCCGAUGGAGCCAAGAAUAUCUCAGUGAACUACAAACGCGACAUAAAUGGAACAAAGAGGAAAGGAAUAUCGAAGUCGGAACGAUCGUUCUUCUCAAGGAGAAAAACCUGCCGUGUUCGCAAUGGGCCAUGGGCAGGAUCACAGAAAUACAUCCUGGCGAAGACGGAGUGGUGCGAGCCGCCACCAUUAAGACGAGCGCUGGAAUCCUGAAACGGACAACGAAAUGUUUGUGUCCGCUUCCACUCGAACAAUAG